AUGGCCGGAGGGCGACUGACUACAUCGGUACGUUUCCAAAUCUGCGAGAUGGUGUCAGAGCAGGAACUUCAGCAGUGCUGCUUUGUUGCUCGACAAGUUUUUAUAUCCCAAUCAUCGCUCAUUGAGUGUGAGCCACCACUGGUCGUUUGUGGAGACAUUCAUGGACAGUACUCGGAUCUGCUACGUAUUUUUGACAAAAACGGUUUCCCACCGGAGACGAACUACCUCUUCCUCGGAGACUACGUCGACAGGAGGACGCCAGAACAUUUGAAACUAUAUGUCUGA